AUGGUUAAGAAAGAUGGUGGCUACGGUUGGGUAUUGACCGCCAUGGCGUUCUUCAUGGCUUUCAUUGAACUCGGCACAUUCAAAAGCUUUGGGGUCUUCCUGCUGCCCAUUCGUGAAUCGCUUCAGUGUUCAGUGACAACAAUAGGAACCGUCAUGGCCGCAGCCCACACAACUACCUUCAUGUUGAUUCCACUGGUAAACAUACUUGGUAAGAAGCACGGAACGAAAGUAUUAGCCGUUGGAGGGGGCUUCAUUAUGUUUGUGUGCGGUCUUGGAACUUGCCUCGCAUACAACAUCGCUCAGUUUUCGGUGUUCGUGAUUCUUUGGGGUGUUGGUGUUGCAAUGUCCCAUGGUCCCCCAAUUGUGGAAAUGCUUCUGUAUUUUCCAAAUAACCCGGCACUGCCUUUUAGCAUUAUUAGCUCCGGCGCCGGAUUUGGAAUGAUGUUAUGCCCUCCUCUGGCGGAAUUCCUGAUAGACAUCUACGGUUGGCGUGGAGCCAUGUUGUUAUUUGCUGCACUGAGCGCUCAUAUCUGCGUUCUUGGUGUCCUUAUAAAGCCGUCCUCAUCAGCCUACACGGCACUGGGAAAUGGAUGUUCUCGUUUUCAGAAAAUAGAGGACAAUGAUAACAAGUUAAGGAGAUGUUGCACACUCGCUUUCAAGAGUUUCUGUGAGUUCUUGGCCUUGGACGUGCUGUGGUACGAACCGAAGUUUAUCAUCCAUGCUCUUGUUAGCUUUCUAGUUGGCGUCAUGUACAGCGCUUGGAUGAUUUUCCUCGUUCCUCACGCAAUUGCAAGAGGUAUCGAGAGUCAACUGGCAAGUUUCCUCUCUUCAGUGGGUGGAGUUGGGACUUUACUCGGACGGAUAAUACAAGGACCCGUCAUGCACCGUAACUGGAUCCAGGCGGUUCAGCUGUCCACCCUCCUUGCUUUCCUCAACGCACUUGCGUUCGUGCUAGACCCUAUAAUUUCAGACAACUACCCCGGAUUGGCAUGCCUGGCUUUCGUGAAUGGCCUAAGUCUUGGCACGAUGGCAGUUUUGUUUAUCCUGGUGGCUAAGCAAGUCUUGAGUGAAGAUCUAAGCGUCCAAGGUUGGGGAACACUACUUGUCUUCUUUGCCAUCGGUGAAUUGCUUGGUGGUGCUUUGGCAGGCCUGAGCUACGACGCUACUGGAAGUUACGAUAUUUCAUACUGGAUUCUUGGUGGACUCUCUGGCGUCGCUGUUGUCGUUCUUGUGGCGGAACGGAUUCAGAACCUCUGCUGUGGCAACUGACGCAACCACGGGGUGUUUUCAUGCCGUUUUCGUCGUGUCUGCGAUUCAUUCACCUUUUAUUUGAAACAGCUGAUGUAAAAUGUUACGCGUUCCUACGUUUAAUUAGGCGUGGCAACCUGCUUAAAAAAUGAAUUAGUGAGUUUUGAGCUCCCUAAUAAAACAUCAUACGAAAAAGUAGUGCAUGAUUACUAACAAAUUCAAUUUCAAAGUAUCCAAUUUUGAAUUUUUAGUGUAAGCUCUGCAGUUUUAAUACGUAUCAAUCUUCGCUUAUGGAUCUUUUUUUUGAUAUCAAAUAGCCCAGAGUGACGUUUAUACUUAGGGCCUGGUGUUUCUAAUGUUAAAAAAAACAGCUUUCGAUUUUGUCAAUGAUUUGUUCGACCUUUUUUAAUUCCUAAACUUAUAGUUAAUAUUCUCUCUAUAUUACAAAGAAAGUUAAGCAUCAGUUUUUACCUUCACUUGUUAUAGCCUUAUGCUUAAUACCCGAUUAACUCUAGAAACAAAACAGUACGGCUUUUUACGAAUACUAGGUUUUUGAAUAUUAUGAGGGAAAAUAAAAGUUUAUUUUAUGUCACCCCGUAACAUUGAG